AUGGCAUCACCAUCAUCAUCAGCUUUGUCUCUCCCUCUCUCUAACAUCCCAACCUGUAAUAAGUCCCAAGAGUUUCCAAAACCAAACCAUCUAUCCAAAUCCAGUCACAGACAUAACCCUAGAAUCAAAACACCAUCUUUAGACCAUAAACUCACCAAGAGAGCACUACUGAGUCUGACUGCCUUGGGGUUUACGUCAUCUCUAGCAACUUUUCUUGCUCAACCCGCAAAAGCUGAUCAACCAGAAGCUCCCAUUGAAGCCACGUCCAAUAGAAUGUCGUACUCGAGAUUCCUGCGCCAUCUGGAAGAGAAUGAAGUGAAGAAAGUUGACUUGUUUGAGAACGGGACGGUUGCGAUUGCAGAGAUCUCUAAUCCAGCAUUAGGAAAGAUCCAGAGGGUUAGGGUUGACCUUCCGGGUUUACCGGUUGAUCUAGUGAGGAAGAUGAAGGAGAAGAACGUCGAUUUUGCUUCUCAUCCCAUGGAUGUGAACUGGGGAGCUUUCUUGCUCGGUUUCUUGGGGAAUUUCGGGUUUCCUUUGAUCUUACUUGGCUCUCUGAUCUUAACAUCUUCUUCACGUAGAAUUCCUGGUGGACCCAACUUGCCUUUUGGUAUUGGAAGAAGCAAAGCCAAGUUUGAGAUGGAACCAAACACAGGGAUAACGUUUGACGAUGUAGCAGGAGUAGACGAAGCCAAGCAAGAUUUUGAAGAGAUCGUUGAAUUCUUGAGAAAACCAGAGAAAUUCUCAGCCUUGGGAGCUAAAAUCCCAAAAGGCGUCUUGUUGACCGGACCGCCGGGAACCGGAAAGACUCUCUUGGCCAAGGCUAUAGCCGGAGAAGCCGGUGUUCCGUUUUUAUCAUUGUCUGGGUCAGAGUUCAUAGAGAUGUUUGUUGGUGUAGGAGCUUCUAGGGUUAGAGACUUGUUCAACAAGGCAAAGAGUAACUCACCUUCUAUAGUGUUCAUUGAUGAGAUUGAUGCUGUUGGGAGAGUGAGAGGAACCGGUAUAGGAGGAGGAAACGACGAACGUGAGCAGACACUAAACCAGAUUUUAACCGAAAUGGACGGGUUUACUGGGAAUACCGGAGUGAUUGUGAUUGCUGCAACGAACCGGCCGGAGAUUCUAGACUCUGCUUUGCUCCGACCAGGAAGAUUCGAUAGACAGGUUCAAGUUGGUUUACCGGAUAUUAGAGGAAGAGAGGAGAUACUAAAAGUCCACGGCAAAAGCAAGAAACUAGACAAGGAAGUAAGCUUGAGCUUGAUUGCAAUGAGAACUCCGAGUUUCAGUGGAGCUGACCUAGCGAAUCUGAUGAACGAAGCCGCGAUUCUCGCCGGAAGAAGAGGAAAAGACAGAAUUACCCUUGAAGAGAUCGACGACUCGAUCGACCGGAUAGUCGCGGGAAUGGAAGGGACGAAGAUGGUCGAUGGUAAAAGCAAAGCGAUUGUAGCGUACCAUGAAGUAGGACACGCGAUUUGUGCGACUUUGACCGAGGGUCACGAUCCGGUUCAGAAAGUUACGUUGGUUCCUAGAGGUCAAGCACGUGGUCUCACGUGGUUCUUACCGGGAGAAGACCCGACAUUGGUGUCUAAACAACAAUUGUUUGCUAGAAUCGUCGGCGGACUCGGUGGCCGAGCCGCGGAGGAUGUUAUCUUCGGUGAACCAGAGAUAACCACUGGAGCCGCCGACGAUCUCCAGCAAAUCACACAGAUCGCUAGACAGAUGGUGACCAUGUUUGGUAUGUCGGAGAUUGGUCCGUGGACACUAACGGAUCCAGCGGUUAAGCAAAACGACGUCGUUUUGCGGAUGCUUGCGAGGAACUCAAUGUCCGAGAAACUCUCCGAGGACAUUGAUUCUUGCGUGAAGAAAAUAAUCAGUAACGCUUACGAAAUCGCCAAGAACCACGUGAGGAAUAACAGAGAAGCCAUGGACAAGCUCGUUGAUGUUUUAUUGGACAAGGAAACCUUAACCGGAGACGAAUUUCGAGCUAUUUUGUCAGAUUAUACUGAUAAACCGUUAAAUUCCGAUGAUGGAGUUCGAAUCAGAGACUUGAUUAGUGCUUAA